AUGGGUGCCGUCGUCUCUUGCAUUAAGUCGGUCUUCCGCACCAUCGGAAACUGCAUCAUGGCCAUUGUCAACGCCAUCGCUGCUGGUCUUAAGGCAAUCAUCAACGCCAUCGUCUCCCUCUUCGGCAUCAUCAUCAGCUGCCUCACCUGCGGACGCGGCGGCGGCCGAAAGAGGACAACGCAUACUAGUAGAGUCUAG